CUCAGUUGGAAAUGGAUUUUUUUCCUGAAGGCCCGGCUUAAAUCGUACUCGGACCGUUCGGCGUUUCUGCUUCUUUCGGUUUUUUGCGGUAUGACCAUUUGUCGAACGGAACAUGAUUAGGGCUUUUUUAAUUUGGAUGUGGAAAAAACUUUGGUGGGCGUGGUAUUUGGGCAUCAUUUUAAUGGUUUGCUAUACCAGAGAAUGUAUGCGGAAAAAAGCCAACUGGGAUAUAUUAUCUGAAUUCAUGGAAUCUCUGACACCAAAAUUUUACAUUGCUCUCACGGCGACUUCGUCCUUUAUCUCAGCAUUAAUUAUGAUUUUAGAAUGGAUGUAUUUUCAAAAGUAUGGAGUUUCAUUCAUUGAACAGUUUUCUUUGAACUACAUUAGUCCAUGGAUUGGUGGUUGUAGUGAUAAUAACCAACCUGUUCCAGGUAAUUUAAUUGUCUCCUAUUUUAUACAUAUUUGUUCAAAUAUAACUACAAAAAGUGAAUUUGUUUCAGAGUGCAAAGUUUGGAGAAAUCCUCUGGGUCUUUUUCGCGGCUCAGAAUACAUAAGGUAUCUUAACUCGACCAGUAGAGAACCUUUGACAUUUUAUGACAUGAAUCUCUCAGCCCAAGACCAUCAAGCGUUCUUUGUUUGUGAGGCCGACGAUGGGAAACCUGACUAUGAAAUAAUGCAAGCUGCUUGGAGAGAAAGAGUACCGCAAGCCAGACUGCAAGCAGCUCAUCUGGCUUUGGAAAAGAAUCCAGAUUGUGUGACCGCUUUAAUAAUGCUUGCUGAAGAAGAAGCUCCAACCAUGGUCAAAGUUGAACAAAUUUUGCGUAAAGCUUUAAAGUUAGCUGAAACUAAUUAUAAAAAAACUCAAAAAUCUCAUCACCUUGAUUCCAAUAUUGAAACGCAACACAGGCGAGACUUAAAUGUGUUGAUUUAUGUACGAAGACGUAUUGCCAUGUGCUGUAGAAAACUUGGAAAACUCAAAGAAGCAGUCAAAAUAUAUAGAGAUUUAAGCAAAGAAAUGCCGCCGAUCAUGAACAUACUAAAUGUGCACGAGAACUUGAUCGAAGCAUUGUUAGAAAUGCAAUCGUAUGCAGAUGUUCAGUCUGUGUUAGCCAAGUACGAUGACAUAAACCUACCUAAAUCGGCAGUCAUCUGUUAUACGUCUGCGUUGUUAAAAGUCCGUGCUGUUGCUGACAAAUUUAACCCAGAAACUAUAAUAAAAAGAGGACCUACUCCAGCCGAAGAAGUCGCCUUUGAAGCAAUACAUCGAGCAGUUGAAUUCAAUCCUCACGUUCCAAAGUAUUUGCUGGAGAUGAAAUCUUAUAUUUUACCUCCGGAACACAUAUUGAAAAGAGGCGAUAGUGAAGCGGUUUCUUAUGCAUUUUUUCAUUUGACACACUGGAAGCGAAUAAAGGGUGCACUCCAUGUUCUCAGCGCAUCGUGGGAGACCACAUUUCAUCAAAUUCCGUAUCCACUAGAGAAGGGAUACCUGUUUCAUCCAUACCCUUCUUGUACAGAACUUGCUGACAGAGAAUUGUUGCCUGCUCACCACAAAGUCAGUGUUUUUCCCAAGAAAGAUAUACCAUUCUUCAUUCACUUCACGGCCGGUUUAAGUUCCUUUUCGGCAAUACUCGCCUUUUUGAUUUAUAUCAACCCACAGUUUAUGGGCAGCAUUGCGUACACUACUGUUAUGUGGAUCAUAAUACCGGUAAACUAUUGUCUUGAUCGACUAGAGACAAUUCUUCCAAAUCACGUAAUGGAAAUCCUUUCGAACAUUUAAAUGAAAAAGGAUAUUUAUCUCAUUGUCUCCAAAAACAAACCAAUCUCAUUUUAUUGUACAUAUUCAAUAUAUAUAUAUUUUUAUAUAUAUAUAUAUUUUUUUUUUAUUGUAAAUAAGUUUGCUACCAUAAGAUAAUAGUCACUUUUGUGUCAGAUUUCUUAUUAAAAGUGUUUUGGUUUUUAUUUGAAACCGAUUAUUAGAUCUCUUAAUUUUUGGAAUCGUAUUAAAUUUUGUUCCCUAUUAUUAAAUAAAUAAACUUAAAGAAAAAAAAU